UUUAACAGCACUGACUGAAACGGUACACAGUGAAUAGCGCGUGUCACAAAACACCAAAUAGUCAAAUAGUUAGUUAAUAUAUAUAUUUGAAUAAUAAAUAAUAUAUAUUAUAUUUGAAACAAAAAUAUUGGCCACGAAAACGCGUGUGAGUGUGUGUAUGUGAAAUAAAUUUGUUAGCAACGGCGGCGGCCAAGUCAGCAAAGUGAAAUAUACGAAUAGCUCUGAGGCAGACAAGCAGAAAGCAGGCGCCUAUACUAUGUAGAUACGCCUCGAGAGCUGAAAAUAUUCAUUAAAAAUAAAUUUAUAAAAAAUAGUGCAGCGAAAACGCCAUAAAUAAAUCCCUAUGUCUACUAAAGUAUGCGUUCGAGUGAGUCAGUGAAGCGACCGACAACAUAAAAGCAAAUUGAAGAAGAAAGUGAAAAAUGAAUUGUGCAGAAAGCCGUGUGUGAGCAAUGUAGCAUUGGACAUUGAAAAGCGUGAACAAGUGCUAAAGAAUAUCCUUCAAAACAACGACGAAAAGUAUAAAAUAGUUAUUACCCGAAAAAGCUGGAGACCAACAAGCACGUCAAGCAGACAUUUUAUGACGAGAAGGAAAGCAAUAAAAUAGGAAAUAAAUACGAUACAUGAGACGCACACAUACGCAUGUAAAUAGGUAUUUAUAUAACGGCAUAUAAGCCAUGUGUCAUUUUAUACCGUAUACCAUGUGAGUGGUCAGUGUGUAUAUAUAUUUAAGCAGCGUACAAACGACCAGCUGUCAAAGCGCAUUUUUCAACUCAACUCAACGCAACGCAACUGAACUCAUUGAAUUUGUUUAUUUCUUUAUGUUAAAUGCGACUGUUGUUGUCGAGUGUCCUUUAAACGUAAGGACAUAACAACAGUAACGGCGCUCACUCGCUCAUGCGUGAUUGCUUGUGCAUGUGUUUGUGUGUGUGCGGCUUAUCGUCCGUAGUCACGCGUGCGUGUAGCGUAUACAUUGCUGCAGGCAAAUUAAGUCAACUAGCAGUACAACUGCAUAAAUAGUGUAACACCAACAACAAUUAAUUUUUUUUAUAAUAAUAUGCAGCAGUAAGCAAAGGAGCCUGAAGUGGAGGUAAACAGUGUUGCGUCUGCAGGACAUUAAGCCCUUUGCUGGCGCAGCUCGCUCGCUAGCACGGCACCACACAGUGUAGCCUUAACAGCAGCUUCAGCAGCGGUGACUCAAACGCAAGCUGUGAGUGUGUGCAUGUGCGCCUGUGUUGGCUUCGAAAUUAGCUUGCAACGCUGGCAUUAUACAAGCGCGUGUCAACUGCCAAUACAACGUAACUGCUAACUGUAAAUUCAAGGCGGCAGCUGUUGAAAUUCGUGGAGGCCAGCAGCAGUGCAAUACAACAACAAUUGCUGUUAAACCGUACUUAAAAGGCGUACAAAAAACCGUAAUACACAUGUCUGCUGCGGCGUAUCCUUAAAGCCAAUUGAAAUUGCGUGACCUGACCGGGCUGUGCUGCCACUUCUAUGCCAUAACAUGGGCUAUUCCUCUGAGGCUGCCAAAACGAGGACACAACGCAGCAACAACGCCAACAAACAGCAAAGCAAUAAAAGUAGCCCAAUUCGUGAUACCGAAAACAACAACAGCAAAAACAACUGUUGUGACAACAACUCGUAUAAAAGUAACGACAGUAGCAAUACGCGUUUAUUGAGUUCAGAGGUGAUCUGUCAAAGCAACGCCGUUAGCGACGAGCAGGCGACAAGCACAAAAGGGACUAAGUGCCGACGACAGACAAACAACACAGCGAGAGAUAUAGCAAUCAAAAAGACACAAAAGCGACACACGGCGGUAGGGGAAGACGAGGCAGAAGGAAGCGGCGUCGAAGCGGAAGAGACUGAAAAGCAAAUACAAAUUGAGCGCAACCACUGCGAGGGCGUUGAGGCGGAAGCGGUUGCGGUUGCGGUCGGGCCAGAAGAAACGCAGCGUACAGACGGAGCGCGUUGUAAAUUGAGUGCGACUUUUGUAGAUAAUUGCACAGCAGCGAUAGACGCCAGCAAUAACAACAAAGAAAACAACAAGAAGAAUAAUAGUGAUACACUCUACAACGCGAGCGGCACUUGUACAAACUUUCAGCGCGCGAAGGACGGAAAUAAUAAUUGUUGCUACCGACAGCUAUCGCGCGAACAACUGCCACAGACGCGUGUCGCAUUGCCGCCACAAGCGGAAGCCGCCGCGCAACAGCAGCCAACACAAACGCAAGCGCCAGACGAAAAUGAGUUGUGGCGCAACGCAAGCGCUAGUUUGUCGCCGCCAACGGAAACGGCCGCGCGGACGACUGCGUCUGCCAGCGUACGCUAUGGCGCUAAGGUUCUAGCAGCGCGCGGCGCAGACAAGCAAUGUCUACAAGAAUUGCUGCAACAUGCAUGUAGCGCGUUAACCGAGCGUCUUGGCUGUCUGCGUGAGAAUUUGGGGUUUCACACGACAAACGACCAGUUGGACGGACGCGACGCGGUAGGGAAAAAAUCGCUAGGCGCCGGUAUGUGGACGCAAGCGGAGCGGCAGGUAAGCCGCAAGCAGUGUAACCAAGCACAGAAACCAAGGAAGCUUUUGCAGAGUAAGUGUCAACGACUGCAGAUGGCAUACAAGCGCGGAAGAAAUGAGUCACAACUUGUAGAACAACAACAACAAAAACCAAAGCAACGAACUGUUGAGCGACAGCAAGCGAAGCAGCAGCAACAGCCGCAGCGGCCAGAACUGAAAGACCCCUUAGCAGCGCAGCGGAAUGCGCUGACAUACUGCCACCACGAAAAACAAAAACAACAGCUGCAACAACACGAACACAAACAGCAGCAAGCGCAGUUGCAGCAACAACGCGCGGCCAAUAGUAAAAACCGAAAUAAUCAACCACAACAACAACAACACCACCAUUCCCCACAACAAAGACAGCAACAACGGGAAUUGUUGCCGACGCAAAAGCAGACACAACCGCCACAACAACAGCAACAGAAGCAGCGGCAUCGCUUUCGUCGCAGCAUACAGACGGUGGCCGCUGCCGCUUACGGCGCCUUCAGCUACAUCGGUCACAACUACUAUCAUCUGCUGGGCAACUCGAUUAGUUUCUAUGCCGCCUCCAGCGUUAUACUGGUGCUCUGCUAUUUGACGACAACAACAGCGGCGGCGCACUCGCCCGACAAGGCGCCAUUCGAUAAGCAUCCCAUUCAAAGCAUCGAUUGGUCAAAAUUCGACGAGUCCAGCUCGGAUAAGGAAAUUUUGGACUUGUUGCUGGAGAAGAAACGUUACGAUAAACGUCUACUGCCGCCAGUUAACGAUGAGGAUUUUUGCUGUGGUUUAUCUUCACCGGAUAUGGCCAAAGUUAGCAACUCGAGGAGGCCACACAACCGCGGUACUUUGACGGUGAAUGUGAAUGUGUUGCUCCUCAGCUUGGCCUCGCCCGAUGAAAGCAGUUUGAAAUACGAAGUCGAGUUUCUGCUGAAUCAACAGUGGAACGAUCCGCGUCUACAAUAUGGCAACAAAUCGCAUUAUGACUUUUUGAACGCAUUGCAUCAUCACGACAGCAUCUGGACACCGGACACCUACUUCAUUAUGCACGGCGACUUUAAGGACCCCAUUAUACCAAUGCAUUUCGCUUUAAGAAUCUACCGUAACGGGACCAUUACGUACGCAAUGAGACGCCACUUAAUUUUAUCCUGCCAAGGUAGCCUACACAUAUUCCCUUUCGAUGAUCCGAAGUGCUCCUUCUCUAUGGAAAGCAUUUCCUAUGAGGAGGCGCAAAUCAAGUAUGUUUGGAAAAAUGACGAGGACACGCUGCGUAAGAGUCCUUCACUAACCACAUUAAAUGCGUAUUUAAUAAAAAACCAAACAACACCCUGCGACCAAAAUAGUUGGCGAGGUAAUUACAGUUGCCUAGAAGUCGAGUUGACUUUUACCAGGGAUCGUGCUUAUUAUUUCACCACUGUUUUUAUACCCGGCAUUAUAUUGGUGACAUCAUCAUUUAUCACAUUUUGGCUGGAAUGGAAUGCUGUGCCAGCCAGAGUUAUGAUCGGUGUAACAACAAUGUUGAAUUUCUUUACAACAUCCAACGGUUUCCGCAGCACACUGCCCGUCGUCUCCAAUCUCACCGCUAUGAAUGUUUGGGAUGGCGUUUGCAUGUGCUUCAUCUACGCCUCGCUACUGGAGUUUGUAUGCGUGAAUUAUAUGGGCCGCAAGCGGCCACAACAUAAUGCUGUCUAUCGACCUGGCGAGAAUCCUGUCACACAGGGUAUAAUCGAACGAGAAUUUCAUGCUGCUUUGUCGUCUGAAAAGGCCACCAUGGGUGCGUCCAGCAGCACAACAACCGGCGCCAGCAUACCCGUAACGCCCACACCGUUGCAUCCCUACCAUACGGACCUAUCGACUGCGACCACACAAACACCGUUACCACCAUCGCCACCACCCGUGCCGGCAGCUUCAUACGGCAUAAGCACGUUUGAUGCGCCGCGCAUACGUUGGGAGGAACAACAUGGCGGCAUAAUUGGUGUGGCAAUGCAAAAUUUACGUGCGCGCUCCAUACGCCGACGUACGCGCUCACCGGGUUCGGCCACAUCGGCGUCCAGCUCUUACGUGGAUACAGAGGCUGGGCGCAUCAAAACACCCACCACCAUGUCCACUGUCAUCGAGCCAGUCUACACGGAACCCACGUUUGUACCCGCUGAAACCGCGCAUUCGCCGCAACUUGAGACUACAGUAACGGUUGAAGUGGAGCCCACACUGCCAGCGCCGGCGCCUACACAGCAGCGUCGUUCCAUUUCUACAAACACACCGCCGCUGAUACUCAGCGGUACAAGCAAGCAGCCGGAAGAUGAAAAUGCCGCCAGCGUUCCCGAAGCAACGGCGGCGAAUGUGGACGCAGCGUCAUUGGAAAUGCCGGCGGAAGCUGAAAGGUUGUCGGCACAGCUGGAGGCACAAGGUGUGGCUGAUGCAAGCGGCCACUUGCCGGUGAAGCCACCGCGUCGCAAGCAAUCACGUUCCAGUUCGCCAAUACCGUUCUACGAGCAGGUGGCGCAACCGGAAGCCGCCAAUGGUCAUGGCUUGGGCGCUCUGAAUGCCGAAACUUUUUUCAAAUUUAUCGCCAUCUAUCAGGGUGAGAAGCGACGCGAUGUGCGCGCCCCCAACGAGAUCGUCGCCUGUACGACUUGUGGCGGCAGCAGCAGCCCGUGCACGCACUCGGCCAACAAUGGAUGCGCAACAGAGACUUGCUUCGUCCAAGUGCGCAAAAAGGAACCGCCACAUCCUAUACGCAUAGCAAAAACAAUCGAUGUCAUCGCUCGAAUUACAUUUCCAACCGCCUACGCAAUUUUUCUAAUAUUUUUCUUCGUACACUAUAAGGGAUUUUCAUAAAAAUUAGUGCAAUGGAAAUCAUUUAGACAACUUAAAGAUUAACUAAUAUACAAACACUUACACAUACACACACACAUACUCACAUAUAUAUACAUAACUCACAGCGAAUUAGCAAAUUUAAUUAGUAAAAUUAAUUAGCGAAAACCAGUUCAUAGCAUUAUUGAAAAUACAAAAACAAAAACAAAAAAGUACACACAUAAAUGAUAUGCUAUUAUAUAAUAUAAGGCAGGAGAGAGUUGCGUGAAGCUAUUAAUUUAUGCAAAAAAUUUGUGAAAUGUAUAAGAUAUGUAACGAAAAAACUAUGAAAAAACGGCGCACUGAU